AUGAGCGAGACUCGGCAUCAUCUUCGUUCCGUUUCGGAUUUGUACGCGGCUGAUGAAAUAGAAGUAUUACUUCUAGAAGAAAUACGUGAUUUAGAACCACCACCAUCAGCUUAUUCACGACCUGAGGAUAUACAAGACUUCGAAAUUGCAGGAAGUAGGACAGGGGGAGCAAUUAGCUCCCAAUCGUCUGAGUUGGAUUCACCUGGAGUCCACUCAACUGUUCAUUCGUGGGACUCUCACGCUAAUUACCAUGGCCCUUAUGGAAUACAUCCACAUGGCUCUUCCUCAAAUGCACUGCCAUGGCUUGAUUCUAACCAUUUGGUUCUUUACUGCGAUGUACAGGGUCAUCUCAAAACGUCAACAGGUUUCAUCAGACUUUUAUUGCUCAUAACAUCAGUAGCAUGCCUGGCAACACUAUGUAGCUCAGGUACUGCCAAUGUCAGUCUUUUUAUGCUGCCUCUUGUCGGACGAUUGAGAUUUAUUAUUUUCGUAGCAGUUUUUUGUUUAUUAGUCACCACUGUGCUCCUCUUCCUUGACAUCUCACAUAUUAUAUAUAUGUUUCCGUUCAACUGGGCCAAGUUGAAUUUUUGGUUAUUCACCAGUAUUGGAGUAUCAUAUAUUAUAGGAUGUUGUUUACUGGGUUUGUCGAUAUGGGAGUAUCAUUUAAGUGGUUGGGUACCACAUCGCACUCGUUCUCAACUCACAGCAGCUGCAGCAUUAGCUUUAUCUUGUGGAUUUAUCGCUUUUACCCUUUCAUGGCGCCAUGGACGUAAAGACAUCAGUUGCAAGCCAUCAUUUUCGCAUGAAAAUUCUCAAAGCCAGCUUUAUAAACCUGUUGAAUCUUCAUCUUCAGGCCUUACUUCAAAGGAUAGAGGUCCAAAACAACCACCACCGUGGAUCACUAAAAAUCAACGUUCUAAAAAAAAUGUUGACACUGAAUCAAUUGCAACAAGCAAAGGCAAUGGUAAUUGUGAUGAAUAUAAGCCCGGUGUGAGUAGAAAAGAUCACUGGGCAUCUGCAAGACAACAUUUUUUACCACAAGAUGAUGAUGAGAUGCAGAUCCAAUCUCAGAACCAAGCUCAUAUAAUGCAACGAGAUGAAAGUGAUCUUGAACGAAAACGUCGAAAAAGGAGAGAUGAUAGAGAUGAUCGAUCGAGUGGUAAUAAUGGUGAAAAUCGUAAAGCUGAUAAUAGUGUAAAUAAACCAAGAAGAGUGCCACAGAAAUUACCUCUGCAAACAAUUGAGAGACCACAACCACGUAAAAAUGAUGUUAGAACUUCGGGAAAAACAUCGAAAACCAGUACUAAUAGCGAUCUUCAGAAUUAUGUUGCUGCAACAGUAAAAGCGUGGGAACUUGAGGCUGCUAAAGAUUCAGAACAAGCUAAAGCAAUGAAAGCUUCAUUACUUGAAGCUUCUAUGUGGUCAAAACAGUGGCAACAACCACCUGAUAAUGUUCAACCUUGUUCAAGUAAAACUAUUGACCCAUAUUCGUUUGCUUAA